CCACGUAUGCACAAUAGCUCUUUCAAUAUGGCGUUCAAAAUAUUUCCAAAAUCCAUCAUAUAACAUCAAAAUGCUUCGCAAUACUCCAAUUUUUACAAUCUAGACGAAACAACAUCCUCGUGACGAUGAAAACUUGCUUGAAAAUUCUGGUCUUGGCUGGUGUUUUUCUGCAAUUUGCACUUGGAAAGACUGUCAAAGGAGUUCUAAGUUCACAAGAAGCAAGGUUUAACAAAGGACAGUAUAUUACAUCAUUUUGCUUCUAUGGUGAUGGUUUUGUCAGGCAUGAUACAUCACAAGUGCCUGAAGGAAAACUGCAUUUUUACUCUGAAAAAAGAUGGAACACUGUCAAAGAGUCUGCAUCAUGUCAGGAGAAGAUUGCAGCAGCUGAAUUCUCUUUUGCAAUGUCAAAUAUUAGUGGAGAGCACCGAUUUGUUCCAUGGGAAAUGAUUGAUUAUUGGCACGUUCUGUAUGCAGACAGCAGUACUUGUGAUAAUUCUGUGGCCUUUUUUGAUGAUAUUAACUACACAAUACAGUUGAUGAACAAGAAUAAGCAAGGAAAUUCUGUAGACCACUUUAGCUAUGAUCACGCUGGUCUCUUAUCGUUCUACAAAGUCAUAACAUUUAUUAUUUUUAUAACCGGGUCCUUAUAUGGGCAUAGACUAUGGCAGACUCUUUGCAAAGGUGGACCAAUGCACCAGGUUAUCAAAGAGUUGUCUGUUGGAGUUAUUUAUCAAGCUCUGGCGACAUUUUUUACGUUGACAAACCUGCUGUGGUUUGCUCAGGACGGAAAGGAAUACACGUAUCUAAUUUUCGUAGCAAUAGUUUUCCAAUCCCUUGCCGAAUUUAAGAUGCUUAACAUGUCUGUUAAGGUCUCAUUCGGCUGGAUGCUUGGUUCAUCCAAGAAUGUGAUGGAUUCAAGGUUAUUGCGGCAAAUUCAAUUAGUCGUAGGAACGGUUGCAAUUCUAGAGUUCGUCCUGACGAUAUGGAACAACGUAUUAUUGCUAAGCGUUUGUAAAUGUUUAGUGGCAGGGGUAGUGGUAUUUAAUAUAAAAGGAAAAUUAAGCGAAGAAAGGAGUAGCUUAAGAAAGGAUUUUUAUACUAGCGUGAUAAAGAGUUGUUGCCUUUGGUUUUUGGCCCUACCAUGUUCGUCGUUAUUAACAUUAGUACUUUCAAGUUAUCACAGGCUAAAGAUUAACACUUUUGUUCAGCGUUCAGCUGAAAUGGUAGCUGUAUUUUUGCUGUAUAAGCUAUUUUUAUCAAGAAGUUUAUACUGGGAGGUUUCAUCGUUGUCGUCUGCUACACUACCCUUAAGGUUAGACAAAGCAUUUGGAAAAAAGAACUAUGACACUUACAAAAGGUGAAUUACACAGCAGAGAAUACGCUAAAUUCUCAUGCUCUAAAGGCAAACGUUUUUUAAAAGGUGUACAGAAGUCUAACAAAACAGAACUCCCAUAAAUAAUUAUGUAUCCGCUAAAAUUACUAUUCACAAUAAUAAUGUCUUCUUUACUGACAAUCAUUCAUUGAACUUUAAGCAAAACAAGCUUAACCCAUUAUUUUAUGCCAAUAUCGUUUUAAUGCAUAAUUAAUUAUGUAUAGCGGGUUCCGUUUUUUCAGGACACUCUGUAUAUCAUAACUAGCUAGGAUAGCUUAUUAUAUUCUUAAAUUAUUAUUUAGAGUUAUUAUAAGCGUUAACUUAAUA